AUGUCGAAUCAGCUUUCCAAUGGUUAUUCUGUUAGAGACAUUAUUCUCAGGUGCCAUUCGUUUCAUUUUUGAAAAUUUCAAAGUUGAGCUGUUCAGGUAUGAAUCGGAGGAAGAGGAGUUUGUUCGCGAGUUGGAGCAGAUGAUAUCCCAUGAGAACGAGAGCGAGAUAGUGCCGGAACCCGACGAAGGACCUCCUAUACUUUGUGUGUUUCCAUACAACUUCCAAAAUUAAAUUUUACAAUUCCAGCUGUUCUGUGCUCAUUAGUGGAUGAAAUCGGCUCACUGCGAAACGAGAACCGUCGUCUCAAGACCCGUCUGGUCCCUCCUCCACGAAGUUCCAAGAAUGUCGUGCAAAGAAUGUCAGCCAUGUUCGAACAUCGCGGCUCUUCUUUCUUUCCGAAACUCCGUCGAGCCAACCGUUCUUCCGAAUCGAUGGAGAUCAGAAAUGGAGCACGAGAACGGCUCUCGACUCCGCCGAGAAAAGAAAACAAUUCAAUGACGACUUCAACAGAUGUCUCCUACGGAAGAAACAGCAACGGAGCGCCUCCGAUUGUGCGGCCAGAACUGAGUGACAGUGAAAUUGAUGAGCAAAUAUUCGAUGAGGACGACCACAGAAGUAGAGAUACGACGAGACGGUGCGACUCUGUGAACGUCAGACAUCAGAACGACCAUUCCACUUCCGCAUGCACUUCGCCCUCUUCCGCUUCUUCUUCGAGAGAUCCUUCUGAAACUAUGAGUAGGCACAAAAAAGUUUCUAUUUAGAAUAUGAAUUCCAGUGACCAGUCGUUCUUCGUUCCUCGAUCUUCUCGGAUUGCGUCGCCGUUCCACUCACAUUCCGCAGCCGACGUACUCCAAAACGACGACGAAGCAAGUGAUAAAGAAAAGACGGCGAAAGUGUUCUGGAAAUGAUUCGGAAUCAUCUGGAAUGUAUGCAAAUAUGGAGGAGCACUGCUCGCGAGUCACCAACAAGCCUCCCCGUCCAGCCAGUUAUUACCGAAGAGACGACAGCGAAGACUCGGACUGUUUGAGGCAAAUGAGACAGAGGAAGGCCGCUUCCUCGUUGAAUGUGAACAAUUACGAACGGCCGCACGGUUGGUUAUUUUGGAGAGCAUCGGGUUCAACAAACGGUUUUCAGAGGGCAUGUAUCGAGUGAGCAGGGAGACGCACUGGCAGCACGAGAAAGACAAUUUGAUGGCCGAGAUAGAAGAAAUGAAGAUGAGAAAUCAGCGACUCGUGGAGCAGCUGAGAGAGAAGAGCCAGCAGCAGAGCAAGCUACAGUGUCAGCUUCAUAAGGUGGAAAUGCAAGUGAACACUUUGAGCAGACGGUGUGCUCUUUCGGAAGCUCUCGACAGACUGACUCUCGACGAACGCAUGGAGAAAAGCGCAACGAAUUGGUUGAAGAAGAUUGAAGAGAGACUGCGAAUCUUUGAGAAUCAAAUGCAAAAUGCAAAACUUGAAGCCGCGACAGCACAUCAGAUGGCACUGAAUUCAAACUGCCACGAACGUGAAGCUCAUCAGAAUUGCCUUGAAAAACUGGAGAAUCUGCAAAGAGAGCACAUGAGGGUGAUACAUUCGAGCCUGCUGGAAAUAGGUGUCGACGAGAUAAACAUGAAGAGAAGGCUCGAAAACUUGCCAACUUACGAAGCUCUAUACGCAUUCACCCAUUCGGUUGUGCGGAGGUUGAACGAGGCGAGAUGGGCGAUGAUGGAAAAGACGAACGAAGCGAGCAGAGCACAGGCGAGUGUAUGCUUCUGACGAUGCUGAAAUGAUUCGAAUGGUUUCAGAUAGACUUGAUCGUAUCGCAAUCAUCGCAUUUAGUCAGUUUAGCACAAUUGGAACGGCUAAGAUUGGCAAUGGCGACUCGCGGAAAACGACAGAAAAGACCGUCCUCGUUCCAUGGAUAUGGCGCUUUUGAACGGAAUGUGAGUGUCCCGUCUUCGACUUAAACAAAACCACCUCAAUGUUCAGAUUCGUCAGGACCUCAAUUUCUAUUUGCCCCUAAAAUUACAUGGAUCUCGGGUGGAAAACUCCAGGCGGACCAUAAAGAAGAAUACAAUGACCGGAAACGACAGAAACAUUGAAGAGGAGUUCCUCAAAUUAUUCUCCUACUCCAAAGGUAAGAAUGCAGUUUUGUUUGAAGCGCAUGUUCAACUACGUUUCUGUGCAGACUUUUCGAUGGAAAUGGCCGCAGUGGCGCCAGAAAGGAGAGCGACGAAUCGGAUUGAAACGAUGAUAAGAGAGAUGAACGGAAAUGGAAGACCGUCCGUGAGACGAGGUCCUUCUGGAGUGUCGAAUUGCAAUCUGACGAGGGAUAGAGUGACGAGGGAACUGCCAAGGGACAGAAGGCCGAUCAGUUUGGUGGAGACGGAGGAGAGAAGGAUUCGGAAGAACGAAGAGACACGGAGAAGCAUAAAGUUCAUGAAGACCAACAGUAUUGAUCACGGCCACUUGGCUUACGAACCACCACCGGCGCGGACCGGGAUUCCCACUAAUGUGCCGUCCUCUCAAGACGUUUCCAGUGUUCACAGCCCUCAUAACACCCCCGUUUUCUCUAGAAGGAUCAUGAUUCCAGUGAAAGGAAAUGCGUACGACAUCGUUCCGGAGGGGACGGCAAGUGCGAUCCCUCAGAUGGGAAGAAUACGGAAGUUGGAGAGGGCUUUCUCGGCGGAAAGCCGCAAUACCGUCGAUUCUCAGCACGAAAGAGAAGAACGACGGAGAGAGCACGCGGACGGAGUGGAGCGCAGACAGAGCAAAAUACAAAGGAGCCAGCCGGUGAGCAGACUGAAGCAGCCCUCGGCACAGUUAUCCAGAUUUGUAAGUGUUUUCUUCUUCUCCCAAUCAUUUGGACAUUUGCAGAGAACCAUGGAGAAUGGAGGGGCCAGUCGCGAGCAGCCGCCUCCUUCGAUGCUCCGUCCACGGACCCUUGACCCAGCGACUUCCAUUCCUCGCAUGACAUCUCCAGAUUCCCGAAUUCCUACGCCUUUGACUCGAAUCGGAAACGGAGAGAAGCGGGGAUGGCUGGAACGAUUAAAAGGAAUCGGGAAAUUGUAG